AAGUUGCAGGGCGUAGUCCCUCCCCUCCGCACCGCCGGAAACCCGAGCUCCGGAAGAGACGUUCCGGGCCGGCCUGGCCUGGCGGUGGCCGAAUGGAGACCGACGCUGAGGACGAGCGAUCGGUCAGGCACCUGACGCUGGCCUCUUCCUGGGAUGCCGCGUGCGGGGCCCUGGACCGGAGCCUCCGUGUCCGCGGAGCCCAGGACUCGGACUGGGAUGAGCUGCUGGCGCCGCCUGCCCCGGGGUGCGCUGGGCCGGCGGGGACGGGUGGCGGCUCCGCGGCGGCCACGCUCCGGGGGGAGCCGCGACCUGGUGAUUCUGAAAAGGAGCCAGAAGAGCCCAGAUGAAAAGCCCUGCUUCCUCUCCCUGCGCUGUGACCCCAGUGGAGGUGAAGGAGUCGUUUCUGUUGGCAUUUUAAGUUCAGCAAGAAAUAUGGAAGUGUACUUAGGAGAGGAGUACUGUGGCACCAGUAGGGGCAGGAGUGUUGGUAAUGUGCUGGAUACCAGUGAACAUGAAAAGAUUAUUUUGUACAAAAAAUGUCUAAAAUUGGAGUCUGCUGCACAUGCUUGUAAAAUAAAGUUGCUCUCCUUUGGUGAAAAGCCGUGUGUAUUCGUCAGUAAAGUUGUGGUGCACGUGCGACCCGUCCCAGCAAAGUUUCCCACAAGCUCUCCUGCUCUGGGGUCCAGGGUGGACCUCGAGAGGGUCCAUGCCAUGGUGGAGGCCAUGGGGUCCACGCUGUCCCCUGGAGCUCAGCAGCUGAUGAGUAUGGUCAGAUUCCAGCAGCAGCCCUGUUCCCUGUGCCCGCAGCGCUGCCUUCCCCUGGGGGAGCAGCUGCAGGCGGUUCUGGGGAGCGCUGCCUCCAGGCGGAUGCUGGGCCUGUGGGCCUCCGCGCCCUCGGGAACCUGCGACAGGCCGACCUGCGCACCUGUGCCUCCCAGAGCCGGGCUGACUCCGGGACGCGGGACAGAAGACGUGACAGCUCCCGGGGAGGAGAACGCACGGCCCCCCGGGCGAGGGAACCCCGCACCCCUCGGAGAGUGGGACACUGCGCCCCAGAGCCAUCCUCUCCCCGGGAGGGACCUUCAGCUCGCAGCGGCGUCUUCCUUACCAAAGAGGCCGAGCGACAGCCCCGCGGCCCCUGCCCCCGAGCUGCUGCCCCUCCUGCAGGACGUGUGCGGGCAGGUGCGCCGGCUCCGUGGGGCUCAGAGCGCCGCGUGGCCGGGACACGUCCCCACGCCCAGCGAAGGCGGCCUUGGUGGCGGGAUGGGAGAGCCGCCCGCCUGCUCCUACUUGGAAAAGAUUCUGUGUAAGAACCUGGAGCUGAUGGAGAGGAGGCUGACGGACUACCUGGACGAGCGGCUGCACGCCCUGCAGGAGCACGUGGAUGGCAAGGUGGCGCUGCUGGCGCACCUGCUGCAGAGCCCCGGCUCCCCGCCCCCGGGGCUGCCGCUCACACGCUAUGACUCUGGAGACAGACUCUCCAACGGAGAGAGAUAGGCGCUCCCGUGCGCCGUGCAUGCAGAUAUUUAUUACCUAUUUAUUACAACGCGACCCAAAGCUCCCAACCAGUGUCGAUGUCAUUGGAGGAUCAGCAUCCUACUUGCAUCAAGUGACCUCAGCGUUCAUUCCCUGUGCUUGUGUCGUCGUGACCCCCGGGCUGCAUGUGAGUGGAUGACCUUCCCUGAGCUUGUGACGUGACCUCGUGCCACACCUGAGAGUGGAUGACCUUCCCUGAGUUUGUGACGUGACCUCGUGCCCAAGUGUGAGUGUGAUCGGGUCCGGAGUUAUUUUUGUUUGCAGAGUUCUUAUUUCUGUGUUUAAAUCUUUAAAAUAUUUAAGGAUUUCUACUAUAGUUCUUUGGUGUGUAUUGUGUAUGUGUUUGAAGUAUGCACUGUUUUCAUUUAUGUAAAGACCUUAUUUUUUAGGAAUAUGGGGAAAAUGGUUAGAAUAUUUGGGGUUUUCUUUUCCUAAUUGAUUGUUCUUGGAAAACCAGGUACUCAAGACUUACAGCCUUUAAUUUCAUAUCACGGGUUAUAUUUUAUAUUGUUCUUCUCAGUAAGAAGUUAGUUGUGUUUGGCAUUUGUAACAUUAGUGUCCAUUGGGGCCAUUCGUUUUAUGUUCGUUCUUAUUGUAGCUGUAGAAGGAAAGUAAAAUUAAAACUGGC